ACAGAAGGCCCGAAAACUAGAACACGGUUUCCAAAUUCCAAAUCCAUUUAACAAGGCUCUUCGUUGACGCGCUUUUCAUCGAAGCUCUUUCUCGCGGUCCAUGGCCGGCUACGGGGCCAAGCUCCGCCCGGCGGCCACCGCGAUCCUCUCGCGCGCCCGCUCCACCGGCAAAGCCAUAACCAGAUUUGCCCGCCCCCGCUCCUUCUCCGUGCCCUCCGAUGCCGACGCCGGCGCCAUCCGCACCGUCCGCAACCUCAUCCAUUUCCGCCACUACUACAUCGUCUUCCUCUACAUCAUCCUCCUCUCAAGCCUCAUCCCUCGCCGCCACGCUGCCAUGCUCUGUCUCAUGGCCACCAGCAAGGUCGCCGCGUCCUACGUUGCGUUGUUGAAGGCUUUCCCCAACUCGCCGGUGCUGCGGUUCGUGGACCAGCGGAUCGUGAUGGUGUUGUUCUUGAUGGUGAUUGUAGUGCAGAUGGUGAUCACGAGAGCGGCGAAACACUUGAUGAUCUCAAUGGCAGUCGGAAUCCCGAUCGUGUUGGCUCAUGCUGUGUUCCGUGCCCGCGAUGAUCUCGCCGGCGAGGAGGCGGAGCCGAUCGCUGAUAAGAAGGAUGUUGAUCUUGAAUCGCAGCCCGAGUGAUUUGAGAAUUCGAAGGUCUUGAGAUGCAUUCCUUCUCUCUUCUUUUUUCCACAUUAUUAGUUUGCCCUAAUCUAUACUUUUUUCUUGAAAAAAGGGGGGAUUUUUAGGGUUUGAAAAAUUUAGAGAUUAUCAUGAGCUGUUGUGAAACCCUAGACAUUUCUUAUUGAGAAUUCAGAGGGGUUUUUUUUUACGUGUAUGAUGAGAAUUAUUGAUUA